UGACCAACUCGUCUUCGACCCACCCCGCCUAAACCCACUCAGCUCGAGUUGAAUCCUCAAGUCACACUUUUUCCUUUGACUGAGGUUAAAGCGAUGAGCGAGAUCCCGCAGGAGAAGAUGGAAGGUGGAGGGCACAAAGACUUGUUCAUAGAUUACCCUCGCCCCUUCCCGACCGCGGCAGAGAAGUGGGAGGUACCGACGGAGGAGUUCCUCGAGGCUUCAUCCGGAGUCGUCACCAUUCUCGAUUCAUUAGGCGUACUGUUCUAUUUUCCCCGGAGUGAUGUAAACACGAAUGUAACGCACCUGAAAGAGUUCUACGCAAAGGACAGGGAGAAGUAUUCCACGCUCAAAUCCAUUGUUGAGUCUGAAGGAAGCAUCGAGGGACCAGGAACGCACCGUCUCCUAUAUCUGAAAAGGGGGUUGGAGUUGACCUUCCUUUUCUUCCGCUACGUACUUGAGGACUACGACACCGGGGUGAGGUCGGAGGGGACGCAGGACAUCAUACGAAGGGCCUACGAAGAAACCCUCGAGAAGCAUCAUUUGUGGAUCGUCAGGAACACCGCUCAGGUCCCUUCCGUCCGGUCUCUCUCCACUGUUGUCUCUUGUGAUGCGUGCGUCUUAGUGCAUGAGGCUCGUAAUAGUCGGAUGGGACGUUCUCAUGAAGCUCACUUGAUGCUCUUCAGCAUCGCACCUAGCCGCAAUGGAAUGAUCAGCUGCCUCACAUACGGCGGCGAAGGGCCCGAGACCGAGAAGCAGGUGAUGGAGAACAUGCGCGCCUGGCUGGCCAAUUUCUCUCCUUGCCUCGAAGAAGUCAAGGACUUGUUCAACAGCAAGGGCUUGGAGUCCGAGGAGUCGGUCGUGGAAUCCGCAGAAAAUUAG